AUGUGUGAGGGCCUCGUUGACGGGCGGCUCCUCCAGGCCCCGUGCAGGUGCAAUGCAAAGAACGACGGCGGCGGCCACGUCGACGGUCAGCACGGAGCUGUCGUGGUCGUGGUCGUCGUGCCAAAUUCGGAGACGUGCGAGCCGGCGCCGGUGUUGGAGGACAGGCCGCCGUCGGUGAGGAAGGGCGGGGCGGUACUGGAGGAGGCGGCGGCGAUCCUGCGGCUGUCAUUGCCGAUGAUCAUGACGGCGCUGAUACUGUACGUCCGGCCGAUGAUCUCGAUGCUGUUCCUCGGCCGGCUCGGCGAGCUCGCGCUCGCCGGCGGGUCACUCGCCAUCGGCUUCGCCAACAUCACGGGGUACUCCGUCCUGUCCGGCCUCGCCAUGGGGAUGGAGCCGGUGUGCGGCCAGGCCGUGGGCGCCAAGAAUUUUCCCCUCGUCGGCGCCACCAUGCAGCGGAUGGUGCUCCUCCUCCUCGCCGUGUCCGUGCCCGUCGCCUUCCUCUGGACGAAGAUGGAGCCGCUCCUCCUGCUCUGCGGCCAGGACGCGGCCAUCGCCGCCGCCGCGCAGCGCUACAUUCUCUUCUGCCUCCCCGACCUCUUCUUCCUCUCGUUCCUCCACCCGCUCCGCAUCUACCUCCGCACCCAGUCGAUCAACCUGCCGAUCACGGCGUGCGCCGCGCUCGCCAUCGCCAUCCACCUCCCCAUCAAUUACCUCCUCGUCACCGUCCUCGGGCUCGGCAUCGAAGGCGUCGCCCUCGCCUCCGCAUGGGCCAACUUCAACCUUGUCCUCUUCCUCCUCGCUUUCGUCUACGUCUCCGGCGUGCACCGCGACACCGGCGGCUUCUCUCUGCCCCGCAAUCUAUUCAAGGACGUCGACGGGUGGAUGCGGCUGGUCAGGUUGGCCGUCGAGAGCUGCGCCAGCGUCUGCCUCGAAUGGUGGUGGUACGAGAUCAUGAUCCUGCUCUGCGGCCUCCUCGCCAACCCCAAGGCCACCGUGGCGUCCAUGGGGAUCCUCAUCCAGACCACGUCGCUGCUCUACAUCUUCCCGUCGUCGCUCAGCUUCGGCGUGUCGACGAGGGUCAGCAACGAGCUCGGCGCGAACCGGCCGUCCGCCGCGCGCGCCGCGGCGAGGGCGGGGCUGGCGCUGAGCGCCGUGCAGGGCCUCGCCUCCCUCGCGUUCGCCGUGGCCGUGCGCCGCGCGUGGGCGCGCAUGUUCACGUCGGACGCCGACAUCCUCGCGCUCACGGCGUCGGUGCUCCCCAUCCUCGGGCUGUGCGAGCUCGGCAACUGCCCGCAGACCACCGGCUGCGGCGUGCUCCGCGGCAGCGCGCGCCCCAAGGACGGCGCGCACGUCAACCUCGGCGCCUUCUACGGCGUCGGCACGCCCGUCGCCGUCGUCCUCGCCUUCUGGGCCGGCAUGGACUUCAGGGGGCUCUGGCUCGGCCUCCUCGCCGCGCAGGCGGCGUGCGUGGCGGUGAUGCUCGUGGUGAUCCACCGCACGGACUGGGACGUACAGGCCAAGCUAGCCCAGGUGCUCGCCGGCGCCAUUGACGUCAACGGAGCCGGUGUGAAUGACGCGGCCGCCCACGUCAAGGUCGCGGCGCCCCACGGCGACGAGGACUCGAGCUUGCUCAUCACCGUGAGCGGCUGA